UGUCGCGUUUUCUAGAACAUUCACAGAAAAUUUCAGUCUCUUGUCUCACGAUUGUCAUCGUCAAUUUUAUUUAAAACAUUUGAAAAUCGAGUUUAUUUUAUUAGAACGUUUUUGAGUGAAAGCUGGUUAACUUGGAAAACACUUAAAAGGGAUAAAAUUUACGCUCGCCUGUGUACAAAAUGGUCAAAGAAACUACGUAUUAUGAUAUUCUCGGCGUAUCGCCAAGUGCGUCGUCGGAGGAUUUGAAGAAAGCCUAUCGCAAAAUGGCUUUGAAAUUCCAUCCGGACAAGAAUCCAAAUGAGGGCGAAAAAUUCAAACAAAUAUCCAUGGCCUACGAAGUGUUGGCCGAUCCGGAAAAGCGGCAAAUUUAUGACGAGGGUGGCGAAUCAGCUAUCAAGAAAGGUGGUUCAAGUGGUAGUGGAUUUUCAAGCCCAAUGGACAUAUUCGAUAUGUUUAUCAAUGGAGGUUUUCGAAUGGGUGGCGGUCGUGAACGUCGAGGCAAGGUGCUUGAGCAUGUGUUGAGUGUAACGCUCGAGGAAAUGUACAACGGAUGUGUACGAAAAUUGGCGCUGCAGAAGAACGUGAUCUGUGAUAAAUGUGAGGGUCGUGGCGGCAAAAAGGGAUGCGUCGAGAAAUGUCAAACGUGCCGUGGUAGUGGCACAGAAACACGAAUUCAGCAAAUUGCUCCCGGCAUGGUGCAGCAAAUCGAACAGAUAUGUCGAAACUGUUCCGGCGCUGGCGAGAUAAUUGCUGCCAAGGACCGAUGCAAGCAGUGCAACGGCAAGAAAACGAUUCGCGACCGCAACAUAUUGGAGGUACACAUUGAGAAGGGUAUGCGACACGGACAGAAAAUUGUGUUCAGCGGCGAAGGGAAUCAGGAACCGGACAUGCAACCGGGCGAUAUAAUUGUCAUAUUGGAGGAGAAAAAACAUCCGGUAUUCAAGCGGGCGAACAAUGAUUUGGUGAUGGUGAUGCCGUUGCUGUUGGUGGAGGCGUUGUGCGGUUUUCAAAAGUUAAUCAAGACCUUGGACGAACGACAAUUGGUUGUAACCAAUUUGCCGGGUGACGUUAUUAAGAACGAAGAUUUUAAGUGUAUUACGGGCGAAGGAAUGCCUCAGCAUAAGAAUCCAUUCGAGAAGGGAUUUCUCAUUAUUCAAUUCCAAGUGAUUUUCCCGACGUCCAUUGCGCCUGAAUUAGUACCUCAACUGGAAAAGUGUCUACCGCCGCGGACAAAAGUGGAUAUUCCCAUUGAUGCGGAAGAAUGUUCAUUGGUUGAUUUUGAUCCAGCACAAGACAAUCGACGAUCACAACAUACUCAUGCAGCUUAUGAAGAAGAUGAUGAAAACUAUCAUCAGGGUCCUCGGAUUCAACAAUGUUCCACUAGUUAAAGAAUUUAUUUAUCACACCAUUUAAUAUCGGAAACAUUGAGAACUUUUAAUUCAGAUUCUGAAUUCUUUUCUUUAAAUUUUUUUUUGAGAAAAAAAACUUAAUUUUCUAUCUAAAAAAUGAUUUGUUACGAAACACACUUCGUCUAUAUAGAAUUGCUGAAAAAUCAUCAUUCCCAUCGAAUUUUCAUUAGAAUUUUUCUUUAUUUUUUUCAUUCAGUUUUUAACAUUUUGCCGUAAUAUGAACGAUAGCAGCUUGCGUCGGUCAAAACGGUCAAAACAUUGUUUUUAACGUUGUAUUAAACAUUCGGAGCGAAUUGACUUGACGCCGCGUCGUUGUGUGUAUUUUUCGCCACAUUUUAAUCUCUCAAAUAAUUUCGUUCGUUUUGAGAAAUUCAAAUUGUUCUUUUUUUUUUCAAC